UUUGUAUUUGUGUGCUCAAGCAGUCCUGUGCUGUGCUGGUAAUGUAGUGUUGGCAAGAAAUUGACAAUACCAUAAUGAUGUUAAGCCUUUUUUUAGCUUUUCUGCUAAUAGGUCUUGCUGUUUGUGCAAGUAUUGGAAAUGUUCCUGGAUAUAGCUCUAUUGGAAAUGGUGGAUAUCCUGGAUUUUAUACUCCUGACCUUGCCUCGGGAGACUUGACCAAGCCCCUAAGGACCAAAAACUUUGUGUACAGAAUUAACGGUGCAUAUAGUGCUAGAAGUUUCCUUCCUCAAACUGGUUCCUCAGGAUCUAGCCAAGUCACAAAUGGUUCAAAUGCUGAUACUAGAGGUCUACAAGGCUCUCAGGCUGCUUCUGCUGGAAGUGGUUUUGUUUAUGGUGCUGUGCCUAAUGCAGGUGUCUCAGGCUAUGGCUCAAGUCAGUCUUCUACUGUUCAAGGCUCUGAUCCUGUGCGUUCCUUUGUGAUGUCAUUACAGCAGCACAACGAAUCUGCUAAGCCGCAAGAGCACUCUUAUCUAGCCUUUCUGCAGACCCACAAUAACACUAUGGUCUUUCCUACCAGACCGCAACAUGUGCCAUCUAGCCAAGCCAGUGGCCAUCCCCAGGAUGGUAGUCUUUUGCAAGCUGGUUCCAGGCUGUUUUCAGGUACAAGGCCAGCCUAUGGCAGCUUUUUCUUUAAGCCUUUACAUGUUAAAAAUGUGUCUGUAUCGCAGCCCAGCUACCCAAGUGGCCAGUCCGUCCACCAGCCUAGCAGCCAACAACGAGCACAAGCUGCUGUCCAGCCUGUGCUUCUAUCCAGCAGCCAAAAACCAGCUCAAGCUAGUAAUUCAUUAGUGGCCCAGCUCAGUUUCCAGCAGCCAGCCCAAGCUGCCCUCCAACCUGGGGCCCAGCCCAGCAGCCAACAACCAGCUCAUGCUAGUAAUGCAUUAGUGGCCCAGCUCAGUUUGCAGCAGCCAUCCCAAACCGCUCUACAGCCUGUGGCCCUGUCCAGCAACCAACAACCAGCCCAAGCUGCUCUCCAACCUGGGGCCCAGCCCAGCAGCCAGCAACCAGCCCAAGCUGCUCUCCAACCUGUGGCACAGCCCAGCGGCCAGCAACCAGCUCAUGCUAGUAAUCCAUUAGUGGCCCAGCUCAGUUUCCAACAGCAAUCCCAAACUGGUGUCGAACGUAUAAUUCUGCCCAUCAGCCAACAACCAGCCCCAUCUGUGCUCCAACAUGUGGACCAGCCCAGUGCCCAGCAACCAGCUCAUGCUAGUAAUCCAUUAGUGGCCCAGCUCAGUUUCCAACAGCCAGCCCAAGCUUCUCCCCAGCUCAGCAGCCCAGCCCAGCAGCCAGCACCCAACCAGAAACCUGUGCCAUCUAGCCAAGCCAGUGGCCAUCCCCAGAAAGCAAGUCUUUUGCAUGCUGGUUCCAGGCUGUUUUCAGGUACUAGGCCAGCCUAUGGCAGCUUUUUCUUUAAGCCUUUACAUGUUAAAAAUGUGUCUGUAUCGCAGCCCAGCUCCCCAAGUGACCAGUCCGUCCACCAGCCUAGCAGCCAACAAUCAGCACAAGCUGCUGUCCAGCCUGUAUUUCUGUCCAGCAGCCAGCAACCAGCUCAAGCUAGUAAUUCAUUAGAGGCCCAGCUCAGUUUCCAGCAGUUAGCCCAAGCUGCUCUCCAGCCUGUGGCCCAGCCCAGCAACCAACAACCAGCCCAAGCUGCUCUUCAACCUGUGGCCCUGUCCAGCAACCAACAACCAGCCCAAGCUGCUCUCCAACCUGGGGCCCAGCCCAGCAGCCAGCAACCAGCCCAAGCUGCUCUCCAACCUGUGGCACAGCCCAGCGGCCAGCAACCAGCUCAUGCUAGUAAUCCAUUAGUGGCCCAGCUCAGUUUCCAACAGCAAUCCCAAACUGGUGUCGAACGUAUAAUUCUGCCCAUCAGCCAACAACCAGCCCCAUCUGUGCUCCAACAUGUGGACCAGCCCAGUGCCCAGCAACCAGCUCAUGCUAGUAAUCCAUUAGUGGCCCAGCUCAGUUUCCAACAGCCAGCCCAAGCUUCUCCCCAGCUCAGCAGCCCAGCCCAGCAGCCAGCACCCAACCAGAAACCUGUGCCAUCUAGCCAAGCCAGUGGCCAUUCCCAGAAAGCAAGUCUUUUGCAUGCUGGUUCCAGGCUGUUUUCAGGUACUAGGCCAGCCUAUGGCAGCUUUUUCUUUAAGCCUUUACAUGUUAAAAAUGUGUCUGUAUCGCAGCCCAGCUCCCCAAGUGACCAGUCCGUCCACCAGCCUAGCAGCCAACAAUCAGCACAAGCUGCUGUCCAGCCUGUAUUUCUGUCCAGCAGCCAGCAACCAGCUCAAGCUAGUAAUUCAUUAGAGGCCCAGCUCAGUUUCCAGCAGUUAGCCCAAGCUGCUCUCCAGCCUGUGGCCCAGCCCAGCAACCAACAACCAGCCCAAGCUGCUCUUCAACCUGUGGCCCAGUCCAGCAACCAACAACCAGCCCAAGCUGCUCUCCAUUCUGGGGCCCAGCACAGCAGCCAGCAACCAGCCCAAGCUGCUCUCCAACCUGUGGCCCAGUCCAGCAACCAACAACCAGCCCAAGCUGCUCUCCAUUCUGGGGCCCAGCACAGCAGCCAGCAACCAGCCCAAGCUGAUCUUCAACCUGUGGCCCAGUCCAGCAACCAACAACCAGCCCAAGCUGCUCUCCAACCUGUGGCCCAGUCCAGCAACCAACAACCAGCCCAAGCUGCUCUCCAAACUGUGGCCCAGUACAACAACCAACCACCAGCCCAAGUUGCUCUCCAACCUGGGGCCCAGCCCAGCACCCAGCAACCAGCCCAAGCUGCUCCCCAACCUGUGGCCCAGUCCAGUGGCCAGCAACCAGCUCAAGCUAGUAUUCCAUUAGUGGUCCAGCUCAGUUUCCAACAACAAUCCCAAGCUGCUGUCCAACCUAGUUUCCAACAGUCAGCCCAAGCUGCUCUCCAACCUGUGGCACAGCCCAGCGGCCAGCAACCAGCUCAUGCUAGUAAUCCAUUAGUGGCCCAGCUCAGCUUCCAACAGCAAUCCCAAACUGGUGUCGAACAUAUAAUUCUGCCCAUCAGCCAACAACCAGCCCCAUCUGUGCUCCAACAUGUGGACCAGCCCAGUGCCCAGCAACCAGCUCAUGCUAGUAAUCCGUUAGUGGCCCAGCUCCGUUUCCAACAGCCAGCCCAAGCUUCUCUCCAGCUCAGCAGCCCAGCCCAGCAGCCAGCACCCAACCAGAAACCUGUGCCAUCUAGCCAAGCCAGUGGCCAUCCCCAGAAAGGAAGUCUUUUGCAAGCUGGUUCCAGGCUGUUUUCAGGUACUAAGCCAGCCUAUGGCAGCUUUUUCUUUAAGCCUUUUCAUGUUAAAAAUGUGUCUGUAUCGCAGCUCAGCUACCCAAGUGGCCAGUCCGUCCACCAGCCUAGCAGCCAACAACCAGCAAAAGCUGCUGUCCAGCCUGUGCUUCUGUCCAGCAGCCAGCAAUCAGCUCAAGCUAGUAAUUCAUUAGAGGCCCAGCUCAGUUUCCAGCAGUCAGCCCAAGCUGCUCUCCAACCUGGGGCCCAUCCCAGCAGCCAACAACCAGCUCAUGCUAGUAAUCCAUUAGUGGCCCAGCAGUUAGCCCAAGCUGCUCUCCAGCCUGUGGCCCAGCCCAGCAACCAACAACCAGCCCAACCUGCUCUCCAACCUGUGGCACAGCCCAGCGGCCAGCAACCAGCUCAUGCUAGUAAUCCAUUAGUGGCCCAGCUCAGCUUCCAACAUCAAUCCCAAACUGGUGUCGAACAUAUAAUUCUGCCCAUCAGCCAACAACCAGCCCCAUCUGUGCUCCAACAUGUGGACCAGCCCAGUGCCCAGCAACCAGCUCAUGCUAGUAAUCCGUUAGUGGCCCAGCUCAGUUUCCAACAGCCAGCCCAAGCUUCUCUCCAGCUCAGCAGCCCAGCCCAGCAGCCAGCACCCAACCAGAAACCUGUGCCAUCUAGCCAAGCCAGUGGCCAUCCCCAGAAAGGAAGUCUUUUGCAAGCUGGUUCCAGGCUGUUUUCAGGUACUAAGCCAGCCUAUGGCAGCUUUUUCUUUAAGCCUUUUCAUGUUAAAAAUGUGUCUGUAUCGCAGCCCAGCUACCCAAGUGGCCAGUCCGUCCACCAGCCUAGCAGCCAACAACCAGCAAAAGCUGCUGUCCAGCCUGUGCUUCUGUCCAGCAGCCAGCAAUCAGCUCAAGCUAGUAAUUCAUUAGAGGCCCAGCUCAGUUUCCAGCAGUCAGCCCAAGCUGCUCUCCAACCUGGGGCCCAGCCCAGCAGCCAACAACCAGCUCAUGCUAGUAAUCCAUUAGUGGCCCAGCAGUUAGCCCAAGCUGCUCUCCAGCCUGUGGCCCAGCCCAGCAACCAACAACCAGCCCAACCUGCUCUCCAACCUGUGGCCCAGUCCAGCAACCAACAACCAGCUCAAGCUGCUCUCCAACCUGUGGCCCAGUCCAGCAACCAAGAACCAGCCCAAAUUGCUCUCCAACCUGUGGCCCAGUCCAGCAACCAACAACCAGCCCAAGCUGCUCUCCAACCUGUGGCCCAGUCCAGCAGCCAGCAACUAGCACAAGCUGCUCUACAGUCUGUGGCCCGGCUCAGCAACCAACCGGCCCAAGCUGCUUUCCAGUCAGUGCCCCAGCCCAGUGGCCAACAACCAGCACAUGCUAGCUAUCAGUCUCUGACACAGGCUAGCGCCCAACAACCAGUGUCUCACAGAUACCACCCUGUGUUCCAGCCCAGCAUCCAACGACCAGCACAAGCAAGGUACCCAUCUGUGGGCCAGCCAAGUGUCCAACAACCAACACUACGCGGUUACCAGUCUGUUGGCCAGCCCCAAGGCCAAGUCUUUCAGAUCGGCUCAAAAUUGUAUUCUUGUCAGGAGUCUGCACAGCUCAGUAACCUGUUUGUGGCCCAACCAGGACAGUCCCAACAUCAGCCUCCAUCUAUGCAAACCAGCUACCGGGCCCCAGUUAAAACUAGUCCAUCUGCAUCCAGCCUCCUGCUUGCUCCUGGACAAUUACAAUCAAGGUUCCAGUCUGUGUUCAAACCUGCAAAAACUAGCUCUAACACUGCAGGUAGACCUGAGGAGUCCAGUCUGCAGUCUUUUGCCCAACCAGGACAAUCUAUUUAUGUACAGUCUGUAUUGCAGCCUGGAUACCAGCCUUUAAGGCAGCUGACAUGGCCCACAUACCAAUACCUAACCCAGUCUGGACAAGAAGAGUCCAGCUCGUAUCCCCCAGCUAAGCUAAUGCAGUCUAGCUACCAGUCUUUGGCCCAGCCCAGUGUCUUGCAACCAGCCCCAGGCAGCUAUCAGUCUAUGGCACAGCCCAGCAUCCAGCAACCAGCACCAGGGAAAUACCAGUCCAUGGCCUGGCCCAACAGACCACAAGUUUCCUAUCAGUCAGCACAGGCCAGAUACCAGUCUGUGGCCCAGCCUAGUGGUCAACUUGUUCCAGGCAGCUUCCAGUCUGUGGUACAGCCCAGCAUCCAGCAAUGGGCACCAAGUGCUUAUCAGUCUGUGACUCUGCUUAGUAGCCCACAACCAACACCAGGCAGAUACCAGUCUGUGACCCAACUUGGUGGCCUACAACCAAGCAGCUACCAGCCUAUGGCACAGCCCAGCAUCCAGCAAACUGCACCAGGCAAAUACCAGUCCAUCGCCUGGCCCAGCAGACCACAAGCUGGCUACCAGUCAGCACAGGCCAGUUACCAGCAAUUAGCACCAGACCGUUACCAUUCUAUGGCACAGCUCAGUAGCCAGCAACCAGAACAAGCCAGCUAUCAAUCUGUGGCACAGACCAGUGGCCAACAAUUAGGACCAGGCAAAUACCAGUCUAUGGCUCAGCCCAGCAGACUGCAAACUGGCGUCCAGUCAGCACAGGCCAGAUACCAGCUUCAAUCAGGUCUGUCUUCAAGCUCUGAGUCUUUGUUAGCUCAACCUGGUCUUGGGUAUCCAAAACCACAGCUUUAUCAGACUGGCCCUUCUCAAGAUGUCCCUAAGCCUGUUCAAAGCAACCAGAGGUUAUCCCAGAGUAUGUUAACUUUAGUCAAGAGUUAAGUCUUGCUGUUGGUUUUAAUGUUUGCUUUUUUUGCUUGAAAAUCAAAUAAAUCCCUUGUAAAAUUACUUUUUUGUAGGUUUGGUUGUAGUUUUACUGGGACUAUUGGUUUUUGAAAUCUGGGGCCUAAUUGGCUCUAGUUUAGUGGUGGUGCAGAU